CUUAAGCUCUUAAGAAGACCUGAUCCGAAUCGGUCAAGCGAAUACAGAAAUUUUUACUUCCUCUUUUGCGGUGUAAAAUAUUUUGAUGUUUCAAAUUGACUGGCGGAUUAGAAACAACAGUAAUGAUGUUAGGACAGUUAUUUUGUGUUAUGAAUAUUUUCUUAAUUCGUUAUAUUCAAGAGUCAGGUGCCACAUGUACGGCAAAUUCUGGAGGAGUGUAUACGUUUGGUCCAAAUUGUGAAUAUAUGUGUCAUUGUAAAUAUGGCGGGGCCUGUGACAGUAACACUGGAGACUGUUCGAACGGAUGUGACACCAAAUGGUUUGGUCCAGGCUGUCAGUUUAGGGAUUUAGCAGAAAAUGAAGAAUCACGGCAUCUAGACAAUUUGAAAAAUUACAAAUAUGCAAGCAGAGCAAAUGAUGGUAGUAUGGAAACAUGUAGUUAUACAAAUGCGGCAACGGCCGCAAGAACAAUAAAACCUUGGUGGCGGGUGCAGUUCCCACAGAAAGAAACAAUCCAGAGCAUGGUGUUUGUAACAACAGAAGGAAAACUGCAUAACUUCAAAGGAUUUAAAGUUACAGUAGAAAACGCCCCGGCAAACAAGGCUACCGACGGAGGGUACUAUCCUCCCGCAUCAAAUGUACAGUUGUGCUACCAACACAGUAAUUAUGCCCCUUCCAACAUGAGCAUCCAUGUCACAUGUGAUAAACCACUUGAAGGCAACCUGGUCAGAAUACAGCUAGCUAAAACAGACACACAGCUUGUGCUUUGUGACGUCAGAAUAAACGGUGGUCGAAAUUUGGCAUUUAUGAAAAAUUUAGAAUUUAGUUCACCGUUUGAUGAAAACCGUUAUCCAUCUACAAAUGCAGUUGACGGAGUAUUGAGAAAUAAUGCAUGGGAUUAUUGUUUUGCUCUUGAACACAGUUCAUCCCAAACAGCUGACUGGUUAACUGUGAACUUAGGGCACCUGUCGUUUAUAAAACAUAUAAGUAUAACAAAAUUCAACGACAACCGUAUCAGGUACUACCAGUUAAAUAUUUCGAACACCACGGGGGACGCCGAUGCUGAUGUUGUUCACGAUGAUACUGGUAACAACAACCCAAAUCUCAAAGUAACCCUGCAGGCGACAGGACAGUUUGUAAAGUUUAAAAGAUCUUCUGGAUCUCCAACAGUUAUCUGCGAAUUGGAAAUUUACGGAGAUUGCACGGCGGGGAAAUGUGGCUAUGACUGCUCAAAAGAAUGUCGCUGCAAGACGAUAGAAGAUAAAGUAUCAGGAGUGUGCACUUCCGGCUGCGAAGGGAGAUGGACCGGCCCAGGAGACGAGUGCAUUAACAACUGUGCAGAAUUUCAAUGGGGUGAAUAUUGUACAAAUCAAUGUGGUCAGUGCAGGAAUUCCCAGUCGUGUGAUGUAGUAACCGGAUAUUGUCCAUCCGGAUGUCGGGAUGGAUACAUGGACACUCGGCUCUGUAAUACUGAAUGUCUGGAUGGUACAUAUGGCAGAGAAUGUUCGCUCGACUGCAGUGGUAACUGUAAAGAUGGAGAUGUUUGUCGAAAAUCUGACGGAUAUUGCGAAAGAGGAUGCAGUGAUGGGUAUCAAGGAAACAAAUGCGACGAAGAAUGCACAUCUGGCAGGUACGGGGUAAGCUGCACACUUUCAUGUAGUGUAAACUGUUAUGGAGGAUUUACCAACUGUCAUCAUGUUAACGGGACAUGUUUACUUGGAUGUGCGACAGGGUUCGAAGGGAACACGUGUGAUAAAGAGUGUGAUAAUGGGUUUUGGAAUAGAAAUUGCGAGACAAAGUGUGGCAAAUGUCUCUCUGGUACAUGCAGUAAGACGACUGGUUUUUGUGAAGGGGGUUGUUUAGCGGGAUACAAAUAUACUUCUAGAUGCACACAAGAAUGCGAUGAUUAUACAUUUGGAAUAAACUGCGGAAGUUUAUGCAAUCCAAACUGCGUAGAUAUAUGUGAUAAAGUCAAUGGAACAUGUGGCAACUGCACGUCAGGUUGGAAGGGAGACACAUGCAGUCAAGCAUGUGGUACAAACACAUGGGGAGAAAACUGCGAGAGAACAUGUGGAUUUUGCUUAAGCGGAACAUGUAAUCGCUUCACCGGCCGAUGCACAGGAGGAUGUCUUCCUGGAUAUAAAACAACAAGCAUGUGCAAUGAAAAAUGUCCAGUCGGGACAUACGGACCCGGUUGCUCAGGCACUUGCAGUACAAGUUGUAAAGUUCCUGGACAAUGUAAUAAUGUGAAUGGACACUGUGAAUCUUGUGGAGCUGGGAAGCAAGGUGACUACUGUGAAAAAGAUUGCGACAACAGAAGUUAUGGAGAUGAUUGUUCGAAAGAGUGUGGCGCAUGCGCGAAUAACGAAACAUGUAACAGCGUAUCCGGACAUUGCAAGUUUGGUUGUAACAAAGGGUUCAAACAUUCUCUUCUAUGUCAGGAUGAAUGUGAUGACGGUUCACAUGGUAAAAACUGCACUGGUGUAUGUGGUAGUUGUAAGCCAGGAACUGUUUGUGACAAAGUCACUGGAGUAUGUCAUUAUGGAUGUUCAGACAAAUUCACUGGCGCCAUAUGUGUUGAAGCAUUGACACAGGAGAGCAAAGAAUUUCCGAUUGGCGGCGUUGUUGGUGGCGUGGUAGCAGUCGUUGUUGUCAUAGCAACUGUGGUUUUGGUGUUUUUAUUCUUGAGGCGGAGGAAGGCGCAACUAAAGAGUAAGUCGACCAGUCAAAUAGGUUUUGAUACUGUUCUUAAUCAAGAGAAAGAAGAGAAUGCUGGAAGUGUUAAAAGGAACAAUAUUUAUGAGAAUUCAUCAGAAAUAUUGGCGGAAUUAGGCAAGUCAAGGGCUUCUCAAAACCCCUCAAACGUAAAAAACGAAGUUCCUGCACCGAUUGAUGAAGAAACAACCGACAUUUAUUACAAUGAAGGACCUCUUGCCAAACGGCGGUCAGAGCAUUCCAUCUUUGUAACAGAUCUGAAAGACUACGUAAAAAGGAGGACAGCGAAUGCGGAAUACUUUGUUCAAGAAUUUCAGAAAUUACCAAGCGGGUUACAACACCCUACCUCAAUCGCCAAGAAAGCAGGAAACGCUGGGAAAAAUAGGUACAAGGUGAUGUAUGCAUAUGACCAUUCUAGAGUUGUUUUGAAGACCUUGCCAGGAAAUCCGGACAGUGAUUAUAUCAACGCUGCAUUUAUAAAGGGUCAUUUCAAGGACAAUGCAUAUAUUGCUGCUCAAGGUCCGAUAGAUUUCACUUUGGAUGACUUUUGGAGAAUGAUAUGGGAAAAGGAUGUUUAUACUAUUGUUAUGGCCACAAGACUUGUAGAAGAGACCAAGAUGAAAUGUGUUCAGUAUUGGGCGGAAGCGGAAGACGACGUUCAGUAUGGAGAAAUUAAUGUUCUGACUGAAUCGGUGGAUAUAUUUGCGGAAUUUACUAUAAGGCAUAUAAAGGUUUCCCAUCAGGACAAUCCAGACAAUGUAAGAAAUGUAACACAGUUUCACUAUACCGCCUGGCCUGAUAAAGAUGUUCCCCGGAGUACCACAAGUUUGUUACACUUCUGGUAUCAAGUUAGAAAACAUGACGGGCAAAAGAAUCAUCCUUGGCUGGUCCACUGCAGCGCUGGCGUUGGACGAACUGGUACCUUCAUAGCAUUGGAUAUACUUUAUGAUCAAGGCAAGGAUCAGGGUUUUGUUGAUGUGUUCGGAUGUGUGAGAGACCUCAGGGAUCAAAGGGUCAGCAUGGUACAGACAAAGGAACAAUAUAGAUACUUGCACAAUAUGUUGGUUGAGAUCCUGGUAUUACCAUCAAAACCUGUGCACAUCGAUGAACUCCCAGCUGUGUAUAGUGAUUUACAAGAAAUAGAUCCGACGACGGGAAAAACAAAACUCCUGUUACAAUAUGAGACAUUACUUGAUGACACAGAUAGUGGAAGUGAGUCUGAAGAUACUGACGAAAUGUACACAUCGGCUAAACAAACAGAUAAUAGAAAUAAAAACAGACAUUACAACAUUCUUGCAGCCAAUGAAUACCGCCCAUAUUUGUUCACGCAAGUCAAAGGGUGUACAAACUAUAUUAACGCUGUAUACAUACCGGGCUAUUGCGAUACCCACGGAUAUAUUAUAACACAAACACCGUUAGUGAACACCGCCAUCGACUGCUGUCGCUUAGUGUUUGAACAAGAUGUGAAGGUCAUUGUCACAUUUGCGGAGAGUUGCGAUGAAGAAACAGGGGUUUACUUACCGGACAGCGGAUCAAUAAAGCAUGGUCCCUUUACGAUUACAUUGGUGUCCGAACAAGACAAAGGAGAUUAUAUAUCAAAAGUCCAUAAGUUAGAGUUCGAUUCAAACGAACACUUGUUCACACAGUUGGUUUGUAAGCAAUGGCCGUCGGGAAAGAUAACACCAGAUGAUCCGCAUAAGAUGUUGUCAUUUCUACAAGAUCUUGAAUGUAUUCAGAGACAAACUGAAAAUAAGCCUGUGGUUGCCCAAUGUCUAAACGGGGCAGAGCGCAGUGGUCUCAUUGUGGUACUGAUGAACAUCAUGGAGCGUGUGAGAUUUGAUUGUGAGGUUUCCAUUCCACAAGUAAUCCGUCAACUGCAAUUCAGACGACAGCAAAUUAUUCCCAAUUUUGAACAAUUUGAGUUUUGCUUCUGUGUGUUAAAAGCUCAUGCGGACAGCAACGCAACGUAUGCAAAUGUAUAAAUUGACAGACACUAAAGUUUGAAAAACUUGUAAUAUUUAUUUAGUAUUCAGUAGGCAGCAUACUAUUACUACUUACAUACUCGACGCUUGCAUUGCCCAGCAAAGUGUCACAGGCAACAGUUUGCUUUCUUUGACGCAUUAGGCUGUAUUAUGUGUUUUGUUCAUGCCUCUUGUUAUGAUGUUUUAAUUACGAUGUUUAUCUUUAGUAUUCAAGGUUUUCUCAACAUGCAUUAUUUCAUACAUUUACACUGAUGAUAAUUGCUGCCAACGUGCUUGUUUACUUGUUUAUAUUAUACAUUUUAUAUACAUACAUAAUCUCAAAAUGGUUAUGAUAGAAUGGGGCAUUUUAUAUAAUAGUGUGUACUAGCUUGCUCGUUUACUAUUGUAUAUAUUACGUUUCUUAUGCAUGCACAAAUGCACAAUACUCAUGGAACGUGGUAUUCAAACUGAUAUCAACUCGCUUGUUUACACGUUUAUAUUUUAAGAUUUUUUAGCAUACAGGGUUUCAAAAUAAUAAUCACGGAACGCGGCAUUUAAAAUUAUUGUAGCUAUUAAUAAAUUACUUGUUUGCUCAAGGCCUUGUAUAUAUCACGAUUCUUAAGCAUACGUUGUCUGAUUGGUCUCAAUAUAGUUUUGCUCUUGUACGAGUAUAUAGAAUAUAAGGUCUCAGUACAGUACUCCUUGAACUUUGCACUUGAAAUGAUCGUAACUAAUAAAAAUAUGCUUGUUUUCGCUAACAUAUUUCAAGUUUCUUUAGCAUACAUGGUCCCAAAAUAAUAUUGAUGGAACGUGUCUUUUAUACUGAUGGUAACUUAUAAGUACUUGUUUGUUAAUGCUUGUAUAUUUCACUUUUAUAGCAUACAUGAUCUCUAAUUACAAUACUCAUGGAACGUGACUUUUAUACUGAUGGUAACAUAUAAGAACUUGCUUGUUAACUCUUGUAUUUUUCACUUUUCUUUAGUAGACAUGGUCUCUAAAUAUAAUACUCAUGGAACAUGAUUUUUAUACUAAUGGUAACUUGUAAAUACCUUCAUGUUAACUGUGAAAUAUUUCACGUUAUUUUAGUUAGCAAACAUGAUUUCACAUUAAAUUUUAUACUCAUAGAUGUAAAAUGCAUAAUUUUAACCAAUGAUAACUGAUAACAUCUUCCUUGUUUACUCUUGCGCAUUGAAGAUUGUCCAGUUUAUUCCAACUUAAAUAUAAUAAAUUGGUCCUCUAUAUAUUUACUAGCUAUCUACUUCAAUUGUAAAGUUUCACAAGGCUUUAAAUUUUAUGUUAAAAACAAACGAAACAGCUGUUCACAUAUUUAAUGCACAAUUAUAUGAUCAGAAAAGCACUACUUUUUGUGCUUUACAUGAACGUUUACAGAUGCAAUAAAGGAUACCAAAACCAAUAAAUUAAAAAAAAACAUUUUAUCAUGUUCAUUAAUAUUAAAACCUUUGACAAAUUUAAAAUAAAAAAGUUACCAAAAAAUAGGAUUUAAAAACAUAUUAAUAGUUUUCGUAUUCAUGGCGGAAAAUAUGGCAUCCACAUUCAAAAAAAGCAUUAUGAGUCUUUAGUGGAUUUUGACCGCAUAUACUCUAAUACAGUUUUACUUGAUUUACCCAUUACAUUUGGCAUUAUAGGACUUAACAUAUCUUUGCAAAAAGUUUUCAAUAUCGGAACAGCAAAGUUAAUGUUUUAAGCAGACGAUGAAUAUUCUCCUCUUUCCUUCUCUACCACCAACAACUUGACCUAUAUUGUGAGAUCCACGGAUGAAACGAAGAACGUUUCCUUUAAACAAGCGAUAACGAACCUCCCAAGCAUUUUACGAUUCAUGUCUCACAUAAUGCUUUGAAAUAGAAAAGGUGAAAGCUCCACAGGUUGCUCAACACGUCAAAAAUGAAAAUGUUGUAGGCUCGGUUUGAUUGAACUGAACAUUUACACAUGCUACAAGUACAAAAAAGAGACAUCCGCAGAUGUGUACAUACGACGGUGCACAUGGAACCUUCAAUGAUACACUAGCGUGUAAUUCCAUGAAAAACGUCGUAUGGUCCCCAGUUAAAAUAAUAAAAUGAUCUGAAUCUAGAAAAAUAAGAAAGGGUGUAUUGUUUAUUGUAAUUGUUUUCUAUCAUCAAGUAACACCAUCUUUUAUAUGAAUACUAAUUACCACAUUCCUUUGAAUUUUCUAAAACAUACUUUUACCAAGAAUUCGGUCGUGUCGCUGCUUUCAACGGUAUCUCUACUAUAUGAUUCUGUUAUAAAUGGUUCCAAUAAAAAAAAAUUGUC